AUGGAAUCAACUGAUGAAAGUGAGCCAUGCCCUCAAACGAAACAACACGAGCAAGACCAUCUGUCGAUGAAACCUCAAAUUGAAGAUUUGUUUAGUAAGCUUUCCGCAACAGAAGAAUUACAUUCAAUUUCAGACAACAUGGUUAAUGUUAUCAAUAAACAUGAUGAACUCAUUCAUUUCGAGUCCAAUGACGUAAACGGAAAAGAUAUUGCAAUGGAAAAUUUAGAACAUUGUGAAAUAUUUGUAAAAGGUAUUCCAUCAUCACUGCAUAUUAAAAAUCUUCAUGGUUGUGUUAUAAUUGCCGGUCCUUGUUCAAGAACAGUCGAAAUCGAUGAAUGCCAUCAAUGUGAGUUCGCCAUAGCUUGUCAACAAUUAAAUGUUCAUACCAGUGAUGAAUGCGACUUCUAUGUUCAUAUCACAGCAAAACCAAUUAUUGAAGAUUGUCAUCAUUGUAGAUUUGCUCCGUAUAAUGUUGAAUAUCAAUCAAAACAAACGGAUAUAGCUCAGAGCGGUCUCGUGUGGACUAUAGACUAUUGGAAUGAUGUUUUAGAUUGCACUCAUCUUUUACCAGGUGUUCAUUCACCAAAUUGGCAAACCAUUGAGGAAGAAGAACGAAAAGGAUGGUCACUCGAUGUAUCAUCUCAUCACCUUUUCUAG